GGACGCCUUUGGUGCCGGGCUCCACGGACAGUCCUUCGGAGGCCUCUGCGCUGACCAACCCGCCUCCCGCCUCCGCGGGCCCCGGGCAGCGCGCAGUGCCCAGGGCCGCUCCGGCCGGGCCCCGGGGACCCAGCCCGCCCCUCGGCCGGUCCCUCACCGCCCGCAGCCCGCGCUGCCGUGCGACACCCGGCUCCGGGCGCCCCCACACCCCGGCCCGCGAAGGAAGGGGACGGCGGGCGGCCUCGCUGGCUUAGCCAAGCGCACCUCCACGGAGGCCGAGCAGAGCCGCCGGGACGCGGCUCCCCGCAGACGGAGCGGGGGGCGAGGGGGACGCGGGGCCCCCCGGGCCCGCACUGCCCACCCCGGUGCGCGGGAGGCGGCGCGGAGGCCCGGCCCCGGGCUAAUCAUUAACCGCCCCGCGGCGGCCCCGAGCGGCCGGGCUGCAUCGCCCGCGGGCACCGACCCCGCCGCCCGCCCCGCGUUCCCCCACAGCACGGCGGCAGGGGCCGGCGGCCACGCCGCCAUGGGGGGCGAAGCGAACGGGACCGCCGACCCGUCCUGCGACGCCAGCGAGCCGCCCUACUCGCAGGAGCUUCUCCAGAGCCUUGACCUACCAGGGAGAUUUCUCUUUGCAAUCUUGACUGUGAUGAUGCUAAUUGCCAAUCUGGUGUUUAUAGAGGAAGCGGUCUACAUCUACCGGAAAAUCCCCUCUUCCAAAAGAUCAAUCAUCAUUUGGAUUAAUGCUGCAGCUCCAGUGAUCGCUACUACUUCAUGCACUGGCAUGUGGAUUCCUCGUUCAACAAUGUUUACAGAUUUCACAGCAGCAGUAUUUUUUGCCAUAGUCAUCCACAAGUUUUUGAUGAUGAUGAUUAAAGAGUGUGGAGGUCAAAAGCUGCUCCUCAGGCGGUUUGAAAAUGAUCAUUUCAAGAUUAGCACUGGUCCCUGCUGCUGCUGCUGCCUUUGCCUCCCUCGUGUGCGCAUCACUAGGCGAACCCUCUUUUGGCUAAAGCUGGGCACGUUUCAGUUUGUUUUCCUUCGACCCAUGCUCAUGUUUUUAUCAAUAGUGCUUUGGACUAAUGGCAAUUACACUCUUUACAAUUUAUCUCCCAAAGGAGCUGCAAUAUGGAUUAGCUGCUUCGUUGGUGUCCUCACCAUUAUUGCUCUGUGGCCAGUUGGAAUCAUGUUUCAACAAGUUAGGACUCUCCUUAUCUGUAAGAAGAUCAUCCCAAAGUUUGCUCUUUAUCAGUUUAUUCUCAUUCUGAACCACUUGCAGGCAGCUAUUAUCAACUUGUUGGCCAUGCAAAGAAUCAUUCCCUGCGCUCCACCACUCUCCUCUUCAGCAAGAGGAGCAUAUAUGACCCAGCAGCUCCUCAUCAUAGAAAUGUUUCUGAUAACCCUAAUCUCAAGGGUGGUCUAUCGGAGAAGAUACGAUGACCUAGAGCCUCCAGACUGUAUGGCUGAAGAAGCUGGGGAAAAGCAGCAGACUCCAAAGACUGUGUUGAAUGGCACAGUUAGUGAAGAUGGAUUGCCAAGGGUUUAGAAGCCCUCUGUGCUCCUGUUCUGCCAGAGCUGGAAGCUCAGCUUCAGGAGCUCGUCUAUUCUUCCACCACAAUUAACCACUGUCCAUGUCGGAACAACUUCUGACAUGAAAGGCCUGUGAGCUAUAGUACUGGAAGUACCACUAGUGGAAAGAUAACCCUGUUUAUUCUCCAGUGAUAGAUACAUGGUGUGAGUGUUUUCAUACCAUGUAAUUUAGUAAGAUUUCAUACCAUGUACUUUAUGCUGUUAUUGAGCACUUGACGAUAACCAAACUGUCUCACAAUGUGAUUUGAUUUUAUUUUUAUUUUUUAGCUAUUAGCAUGGCUAUAAUUUAGUUAAUUCAGAGUCAUUCUUGUCCAUCUCUUUUGACUUUUUAAAAUCUUAUUUCACCCUGGAUUGCUGUCAUAUGUUCAACACAGCAUUUCCCCACCCUCCCUCCAUUAAUAUUUAUCAGCCCUCACUCUGUGCUACAAGCUCUCCAUAGCUAAUUCUGACCAGUAAAUACAUUUGCAUAUGUAUGUUUAGAAAUCUCCAAACCUGUCUGGGCUCUCCACCUACAGAAAUUAUUAUGUCUUUAGGGGGCAAGACUUUUCACAUUACUUGGCAAUUCACCUCCUAACUUGGUAAACACACAGUUGCUAUUUGUAAAUAUGCCACUGGCAGAUGUUCUUCCUAGGGACAGCAGAUUCUCUCUCACUGGCCUGGAAAAAGAAAGCGAGUUAGAAUCUGA